UCCAAUCCAUCAGUCAAUCAUCAUAUGCUUGUCUGAUCAUACAGUCUCAUCCAAUAUAAUGAAUUUAAAGGCUCUGGCAACAGUUCAUCCGACGUCAAUUGUUCUAACAUUAAUUCUUUUCAUACAAAGCGAAGGAGCAAUUUUAAAUGUCGACGAUGAAGAAUUCUUCGGCAAAGAGGCGGACCGAAUAAACUGGUCGCUGCAUCCAUGUCGACGCAAGUGUAUGGACGGCGAGGCUCCAAAAGUGUGCAAAUACGUGUUCGUCAUUGAAAAAUUCAGCUCAAUGAGCAAAGCGUGCUACAACUGCCCAUUCAACAUAACCGACUGCUUCAGACCUCACUGCAUUCCCACCGAUGGGGUCCAGAAACCAGUUUACGUGGCAGAUCGUCAAUUGCCUGGACCACUGAUCGAGGUGUGUCAAAACGAUUGGGUGGUAGUCGAGGUGAGAAACCGAAUGGCAACCGAAAGCUUCACCAUUCACUGGCACGGAUUCAAACAAAUGGGAACACCCUAUUCCGAUGGAGUGCCCUUCGUCACUCAGUGUCCGAUUUCACCCGGUAACAGAUAUCAAUACUACUUCAACGCUACGACCACCGGCACUUUCUUCUGGCACUCGCACACUGGUUCUCAACGAAGCGAUGGUUUUUUCGGACCCAUGGUCAUCAAUGACGUUCACAGUCAAGACGUUUACGUUGAUCAAUACGACUACGACAUUCACCGUUUGGUCAUUAACGAUUGGAAAGAUCGACCUGCCGACGAAGAUGAAAUACAUGAUAAUUACGAUAGGUUUAAUGCGAUAACCGAAACAAUUCUGAUAAAUGGUUAUGGGCGAUACGUGAAUUUUACUGACGCCAAUGGAACCGCUAUUGACAUGCCUACAGCAAUUAUUCAAGUCGAAUCGGGUAAAAAAUAUCGUAUCAGAACGAUAAAUGCCGGCUCGGAGAAUUGCCCUAUGGAGAUGUCGAUAGAUAAUCAUACUCUACUUGUUAUCGCAUUGGACAGCAGAUAUAUAAAACCAGUAGAAGUUGACGUCGUGACAUUCUGGUCGGGAGAGAGAGUCGAUUUCAUUCUAAACGCAACCCAGACACCUGCGAAUUACUGGAUUCGAGUUCGCGGUUUGAGCCGCUGUGCGACUGCCAAUGCCAACCAGAUUGCAAUACUAAAUUACGCGAAUGUCACCGUAAACGAUCCAAAGGAACCAGUCGGCUAUCAAUAUCCGAUCGCUACUAAUACAACGCGGGUGUUGAAUCCCAUUGACCGAGGUACGGAAUCGGAUCCGAGAAUUUUCAUUAGCAUCCCAAAUCUUGUAGCUGUCGACAAAGAUGACUUGUGCUUAAAAGCAGAAGUUGAUCGUCAAAUAUUCAUAAAUCUCGAUACGAUGGCUAUUGACAAUUACGAUUACCAUCGUAGAAAUCUCUAUGGCUACAACGAAGUGGCGGCUGAUAGGCGAUUGAUCUCGUUACAAUUGAACCACAUCACUAUGAAAUUCCCGCCAUUCCCGUUAUUGUCUCAAUACGAGUCGAUAACGCCGGAUAUGCUUUGCAAUUCUUCGUACAUUCCUUCGGGAGCUAAUUGCACGGUGGAUUAUUGCGCCUGCACCCAUGUGAUCAAUCUGAAACUCAACGAAGUGGUCGAACUGGUUAUGAUUGACCAAGGUUUAGCAGCUCGAAUUGAUCAUCCUAUGCACCUACACGGGCAUUUCUUCCGCGUGGUAGCUUCGGUCAGUUUAAACGAGACAAUGACCGUUGCUCAAUUCAAGAGAUUAGAUAAACAGGGAAAAAUCCAAAGGAAUCUCAAUCAUGCUCCGAUCAAAGAUACAAUGAAGGUGCCGAGUGGUGGAUAUUCAAUUGUACGAUUUCUGGCGAAUAACCCAGGAUAUUGGUACUUCCACUGUCACUUCGAACCGCACAGCAAUAAUGGAAUGUCGUUUGUUUUCAAAGUCGGCGAACAUGAAGAUUUCCCGAAAAAACCAGAUGGUUUUCCGACUUGUGGCCCGUUUACACCAGAAAAAUUUAAUUAAAGGCUAUACUUAUGCGUGAACGUAGAUGCAAGAAAUCACGUUACUAACAAAUUAUUUUCAAGACGAAGCUUGAAAAAAUCUCUAAAUGGCCCUUAAAAAUCAUUAGCUUGUUAACGUAAGCAACAUUCAUUGGAAUCUCUUAAAAGGAUCUUCAUCUAAAUAUUAUGAUUAUAUGAGACGUGCUUUUUAUAUAAAUUCACUGAAUAAACAUAUACAAAAAUAUUGUUCCUAGUUUAUAGGGUAAAAAGUAUAGAAUAAGAGCUAUAAGGGCAGGCUCGAGAGAUCGCUGAAUAGACUUGUCAUACAUAUUUAAUUAUUCGAAAUAAUUAGUUUAUCUUUAAAUGUAAAAUUAAAUGUUAAACAUGUGUUAGCUUUGCAAUGACAAUUUCAAUCUUUGUAUCUUGAAAUAAAUGCAUCCAUUUGAAGAAACGGAAAUAGCAAUCUUUCGAUGAUCAAUAUCAUUAUAAGUAAAUCUAGUAUUAUAAAAUGGACAACAAUUUAUUUAUCUUUUUUUUGAAAUCCGUGCUGCGAAAUGGGCAUAACAUAAUUUGUUAGAAAAUAGCUUUCAUUACGUUAACGAUUAAUCCGCUUUUUGAUGUAUAUGAACGUAUAUGAAGUGAGUUCU